AGUAGAUUAGUACGGAAUAAAUACUUGUAUAAUGGCUCGCACCAAGCAAACUGCCCGAAAAUCGACCGGUGGCAAAGCGCCUCGCAAGCAGCUGGCUACCAAAGCUGCUCGUAAAAGUGCACCAGCCACCGGUGGUGUAAAAAAGCCACAUCGUUAUCGCCCCGGUACAGUUGCACUUCGUGAGAUCCGCCGCUACCAGAAAAGCACUGAGCUAUUGAUUCGCAAACUGCCAUUCCAGCGUUUGGUUCGUGAGAUAGCACAGGACUUUAAAACUGAUUUGCGAUUCCAAAGUUCAGCGGUAAUGGCAUUACAGGAAGCUAGCGAAGCCUAUCUGGUUGGUCUUUUUGAAGAUACAAAUUUGUGCGCAAUUCAUGCCAAGCGUGUUACAAUCAUGCCCAAGGACAUUCAAUUGGCCAGACGUAUUCGUGGUGAACGUUUAAAAGAAAUGUCUGAUUCUAUCGUUGCUGUUACAUCGGCCGCCUCUCCGAUUGCCAUUGCACAAGCGGAGAAAAAGGUCACUGUCAAGAAGGCAACUGCCGCCAAAUCGAAAAAAGCUACAGCUCCACCAUCACAUCCGCCAACCCAGCAAAUGGUCGACGCGUCAAUCAAGAAUUUGAAGGAGCGCGUUGGAGCAGCUAAAAAGAAGUCGAGCGGCGUCGCCAAGAAGGCCUCUGCAGCCGGUGACAAGAAAUCUAAAGUUAAAAAAUCUGUUGCCACUAAAAAGACUGCCGAGAAAAAGACAAAGGAGAAGGCAAAGGCAAAAGACGCAAAGAAAAGUGGUACAGUUAAGGCAAAAUCAACUACAUCGAAGCCUAAAUCGAGUGCUGUAAAACCAAAAACUCCAAAGGCCAAAACUACUACUACUAGUGCCAAGCCAAAGAAGACAGCAUCGGCACCGAAAAAACCAAAGGCUGCAGCUUCCGCCAAAAAGAAAAUGUCUGGUCGUGGUAAAGGUGGUAAAGUAAAGGGAAAGGCAAAGUCGCGUUCGAAUCGAGCUGGCCUUCAAUUCCCAGUUGGCCGUAUCCACCGCCUGCUUCGCAAGGGUAACUAUGCUGAACGUGUUGGUGCCGGCGCUCCUGUUUACCUGGCUGCUGUUAUGGAAUAUUUAGCCGCUGAAGUUCUGGAGUUGGCUGGCAAUGCAGCACGCGAUAAUAAAAAGACGCGCAUAAUUCCACGUCACCUGCAACUGGCUAUUCGUAAUGACGAGGAGUUAAACAAGCUCCUCUCGGGCGUAACCAUUGCUCAGGGUGGUGUUCUACCUAACAUCCAGGCGUACGGAAUAAAUACUUGUAUAAUGGCUCGCACCAAGCAAACUGCCCGAAAAUCGACCGGUGGCAAAGCGCCUCGCAAGCAGCUGGCUACCAAAGCUGCUCGUAAAAGUGCACCAGCCACCGGUGGUGUAAAAAAGCCACAUCGUUAUCGCCCCGGUACAGUUGCACUUCGUGAGAUCCGCCGCUACCAGAAAAGCACUGAGCUAUUGAUUCGCAAACUGCCAUUCCAGCGUUUGGUUCGUGAGAUAGCACAGGACUUUAAAACUGAUUUGCGAUUCCAAAGUUCAGCGGUAAUGGCAUUACAGGAAGCUAGCGAAGCCUAUCUGGUUGGUCUUUUUGAAGAUACAAAUUUGUGCGCAAUUCAUGCCAAGCGUGUUACAAUCAUGCCCAAGGACAUUCAAUUGGCCAGACGUAUUCGUGGUGAACGUGCAUAAGUUGAAAUUUCAGCGCUUCAUUUUCCAAAUUAUAAAAUCAAUAAUCGGUCCUUUUCA